AUGGCUGAUGUAAGCCUGAAGGAAGCAGCACUAAUAGUUGGUGUGGUGGCAGCCUGCUACUGGAACAGUCUCUUUUGUGGCUUUGUUUUCGAUGAUGUUUCAGCAAUUUUGGACAAUAAAGAUUUGCAUCCGUCUACUCCGUUAAAAAAUCUGUUUCAGAAUGACUUUUGGGGCACUCCAAUGUCUGAGGAGAGGAGUCAUAAAUCUUACCGUCCCCUUACAGUUCUUACAUUUCGCUUUAACUACUUGUUCAGCGAGUUAAAUGCAGUUUCUUACCACUUCCUAAAUCUGGUCUUUCAUGUGGCGGCUUGUAUAGUCUUCCUCAAGGUCUGUAAGCUCUUUCUGGACAACAGGAGCAGCCUGGUUGCAUCCUUGCUCUUUGCAGUGCACCCAAUACAUACUGAAGCGGUAACUGGAGUUGUGGGCAGAGCAGAGCUUUUAUCAUCUAUUUUUUUUCUAGCUGCCUUUUUGUCAUAUACAAAAUCUAAAGGGCCAGAUAAUACUAUAGUGUGGACUCCAAUUGCAGUGACUGUGUUUCUAGUAGCUGUUGCAACACUGUGUAAAGAACAAGGAAUAACAGUGGUGGGGAUAUGCUGUGUGUAUGAAGUAUUUAUUGCUCAAGGGUACACCUUGCCAACAUUGUUGGACACAGCUGUACAGAUUGUUCGAGGGAAGGACGAUGUUCCUUUCUCUGUGCUUCAGACACUGUUGAAGCUCAUAGUCCUAAUGUUCAGUACACUGCUGCUUGUAGUUUUCAGAGUCCAGGUUAUCCAGUCUCAACUUCCAGUGUUUACAAGGUUCGAUAACCCAGCUGCUGUUAGCCCAUCCCCAGCAAGACAGCUGACAUUCAACUACCUCCUCCCUGUAAAUGCUUGGCUUCUUCUCAACCCCUCAGAUUUAUGCUGUGACUGGACAAUGGGCACUAUUCCUCUCGUGGAGUCUUUGUUAGAUGUUAGAAAUGUUGCCACCCUUACCUUCUUUUGCUUUCUGGGAUCUUUGAUUGUCUUCAGUCUCCGAUACCCUGGGGAUUCCUCCAAGACAGUGCUGAUGGCACUCUGCUUAAUAGUGCUACCAUUCAUUCCUGCAUCAAACCUGUUUUUUCCUGUGGGAUUCGUAGUAGCAGAACGAGUGUUGUAUGUUCCUAGCAUGGGAUUCUGCAUUUUAGUAGCACAUGGAUGGAAGAAAUUAACAAGUAAAAGUGUGCUAAGAAAAAUUUCUUGGAUUUGUUUGGCUGCAGUACUAUUUACUCAUGCCUUAAAAACACUGCACAGAAACUGGGAUUGGGAGUCGGAGUACACGUUGUUUAUGUCAGCUUUAAAGGUAAAUAGGAACAAUGCAAAACUGUGGAACAAUGUGGGGCAUGCAUUAGAGAAUGAAAAGAAUUUUGAAAGAGCUCUGCAGUUUUUCAUACGAGCCACUCAAGUGCAACCAGAUGAUAUUGGUGCCCACAUGAAUGUAGGAAGAACUUACAAAAACUUAAACAAAACUAAAGAAGCUGAAGAAUCAUACCUGAUUGCUAAAUCAUUGAUGCCACAGAUUAUUCCAGGUAAAAAGUACGCAGCAAGAGUUGCUCCUAACCAUCUGAAUGUUUAUAUCAAUCUCGCAAACUUGAUUCGAGCAAACGAGUCUCGCCUUGAAGAAGCAGAUCAAUUGUAUCGACAGGCAAUUAGUAUGAGGCCGGAUUUCAAGCAAGCUUACAUCAGCAGGGGAGAAUUGCUUUUAAAAAUGAACAAACCUCUGAAAGCUAAGGAGGCUUACCUUAGAGCUCUAGAACUAGACGAAACCAAUGCAGACCUGUGGUACAACUUGGCAAUUGUUUACAUUGAUCUGAAAGAUCCAACAGAGGCCUUGAAGAAUUUCAACCGAGCACUGGAACUCAACCCAACACAUAAACAGUCAUUAUUCAACUCGGCACUGCUAAUGCAGGAAUCAG